AUGUCGGCCCUUCGAUCCCGAGUCGCGUUCAAACAAGUCCACAUCCAGACGACGCCCGCGCCGCGGAAUCUGGCUGAGAGCAAACUGGUCCUCGCAGCGCUGCAGAGGUUUGGGGAAGUUGUGACGUUUAGAAACUUGAAGUACGACACAACCAACACAUCCAUAAACCUCGACCGAGCCACGCUCGCCAUCUUCGACACCUCAGACGCCGCUACACGCGCCAUCGAAGCAUCACCCCUCACAAUCGAAAUCCCACCACCACCCCCCAACACAAAAUGGACCUCCUCCUCCCCACCAGGCAAAUCCGCCAUGGACCCCUGGUCCGAAACCUCCCCCCCGGACCCAUCCUCAUCAUCAUCAUCAUCAUCAUCAUCAUCAUCAUCAUCAACAACAACCCCACGUACCAUGACCUGCAAAAUCGAUUAUUCCCGCCACAGCCACGAAUCAGCAGUCCUCCGCAACCCGUACCAUAAUUCAUAUGAAGUCCUCACGAAUAGUUAUUGGUAUCAUGACCUGACGAAAUCGACGGGGAUUCCACUGCCUGAGCUUGCGGAUGGGAUGAUGAGUAGGAAGGAACAUGUGCCGUUUCGGAUUAAGAAGAGGUAUCAGGAUGAGAAUGUGCGGAUGGGGGCGACGUCGUUGAUGGGGUUGUAUAGGGAUGGGUUGGAGAAGAAGGGGGGGAAGAAGGGUGAAGAGAUAGAUGCUGCGGAAUCGGAAGUGAAGGAAGAGACGCAGAAAGAUGAAGAAGAGACGUUGGGAUCAGCGAGGUUGUCGCCGAAAGAGGAGAUGAAGCUUAUGAGGGCGAAGUGGAAGACUGUCCCGUCUGAUGGUGUUUGA